AGACAAUUUACUUAACACAAAUAUCGUAUUUUUGUUUCACGUAAUCUUUAUUUACAAUUUUCCAAAAGAAUAUUUGUAAGAUUUUACAUAUGCGGUUUCAUAUUUGUAAAUUAUGUAAAUGAUUUCUAUAUAGUCGGCGGCAGCGACUCGGUCGCUAUGUAACUCUCUUAGUGAAAGGUGUUAAAAUGUCGUGGGGGUAAUUUUGAGUGAUCAGGCAAAAUCUAUCAAAACAAUGGUUCCUGCGCCGAGCUGCCCGCUUACGUGGGACUACUGGACGGCCUCGCCGUCCGACUAUGUGGAGCUGACAUGCUUGAUGCCAAACUCUGUGUUCAUUCCCCUGAGGGUCAGUUGGGAUGCCACUCUUCAGGAUGUCAAGGAGGAACUAUGGGACAAAGCGGCAAAAUAUCCCCUGUUCGGGAUGCUGCACGAGAUGUCAGGCUAUGUGUUCAGAUUCGUCAACUCACUGGCAUCGCCGGAGGAGGUUGAUGAUGAGAGCAAGCGCCUCCGGGACAUCCGACCCGUCUGUGGUGUUCUCAUAAUACAUGAGCGGUCGAUAGAGCGGCCGGGGGAACAAUUACUGAACACACACAUUAGUCAUUUGAUUGGAAGAGGUAUAAAUGAAUUCGAUAGUCUAAGAAGUUCAGAAGUAAAUGACUUUCGGACACGGAUGCGGAUUUUAGCGGAAGAGAACCUUAUAAAGAGGGCACAGAGUACACCACUACAGAGAUUGGCGUACCAGUGUCCUCCCAGAUUAGCAGACCACUCGACAGUUCCAAAGACACUUCUAGCUCAUUUGAACAGCAACACCUUUAUACUCGUCACGAAAAUUGCCAAUACAGAGUUCUCGUUCACCUCACUCGUGGCGACUGAAACAACACCGGAGCAGCAUAUAAAAGCGAUUCUCCAGAAGAAGACCAACUCCCUCAACAUCAGAGUGGAGGACCCUGGAAACUACGUGUUGAAGGUUUGCGGGAGGGAAGAGUACCUCCUCGGAGGGCACCCCCUGAUCCGGUACCUUUAUAUACAAGAGACGCUAUCCAGAGACGGCGUCCCGCAAGUCAUGACUGUGCACAUGGAUAAACUGCCAGUGUCCAUCGGGCGCGACAUCCAGUACUACUGCCUGCCGGACCGCGUGCGGCUGACGUCGGAGCACUCGAACACGAUGCGCCGGCGCAACCACGAGUCCUCGUGGAACAUCGACAAGAACUACUCCUGCCUCGUGCAGAGCGUCGGGGGGCUCAACGUCGACCCUGGCCGGCUGGUUGAGGUGGUAUGCACAGCGGGUAUAUUCCACGGCGGCAAACCACUUUGCGAGUCCCGGAAAACCCACGCCACGGCCGUCUCCAAGGAAGGCGUAGCCACGUGGGACGAAGAAGUGCAGUUCCCCAUCAAAGUGUACAACCUACCCCGCAUGGCGCGCCUCUGCUUCGCCAUCUAUGAGAUCACCAAGCUGAAGGGCAAGCGAAGAGGAAAGGAUGCUAAUAAGGACUACAGUAUAAACAAGUUGGCGUGGGCGAACACGAUGAUAUUCGACUACAAAGAGCAGCUGCGGACAGAUGGUGUCACUCUGUUCAUGUGGACGCACGCGGCGGACGAGACGCAGGGCGAUGACCUCUUGUUGCACCCGCUCGGUACCGUCGUCUCCAACCCCAACACUGACUCCUGCGCCGCGCUACAAGUGCGGUUCUCAGACUACGAAUGCCAAUACCCGAUCCUGUUCCCAAAGCAAGAGACAGUGAAAGCAUACGCGGACCACAUCAAAACCGAGUCUCCUGAGCUCAUAGCGCGCCUUACCCGUGACUCUGAGCAACUCCGCGCCACGGCGGAGAAGGACCCCAUGUAUGAGAUGCAUGAGCAAGACAGAAAGGACCUCUGGGCUGCAAGGGAUUUCAUCCGCACCCGAGCCCCAGAACUACUACCGAAGCUGUUAUCGUGUGUGGAAUGGGGCGAGCGCGCGGAGGUGUCAAUCGUGGCCCGCUUGCUGGCCAACUGGGAGCUGCUGCGGGUAGAGUCUGCGCUCGAGCUGCUGGACUACGCCUAUGCCGACGGCACUGUCCGGAGUUUCGCCGUCAAAUGCCUCGCUAAGAUCAGCGAUGAAGACCUACUCCUCUACCUGCUGCAACUAGUUCAAGCGCUGAAGCACGAGUCAUACCUGAUGUGUGACCUCUCCAAGUUCCUGUUGCAGCGCGCCUUCAACAACAUGACCAUCGGACACUUUCUCUUCUGGCAUCUCCGAUCCGAGAUGCACGUUCCGUCAGUGCCGUCAGUAUCGGUGCGGUUCGGUCUGAUGCUGGAGGCAUACUGCUGGGGCUGCCAGGACCACAUACACAGCCUCAUGAGACAGAUAUCCUGCCUCGACAAACUUAAGUGGGUGAGCCACUGCGUGAGUAAGAAGAAGGAGAUCUCGAAGGCGCGCGCCGCACUGGUGCAGCACCUCAACGAGCAGCACUGCAUCGAGACGCUCUGCGACUUCGUGUCUCCCCUCACGCCCAGCUUCGUCUGCAAGAGGAUCAAGACUGACAAAUGCCGCGUGAUGGACAGCAAGAAGCGACCUCUCAUGCUAGAGUUUGAGAAUGUGGACCCAACUGGGACCGACAUCCGGAUCAUACUGAAGAUAGGCGACGAUUUACGCCAGGAUAUGUUCACGCUGCAGAUGUUGCGGAUCAUGGACCGGCUGUGGAAGAACGCUGGAUAUGACUUCAGAUUGAACCCGUACAACUGCAUUUCAAUGGAGUAUGGUGUCGGCAUGAUCGAGGUGGUGGACGACGCGGAGACGGUGGCCAACAUACAGAAGCAGAGUGCCCUCUUCAACGCUGCCUCGCCCAUCUCCAAGACUAACUUGUUUCAAUGGCUAAAGAAGCACAACCACACGAAUGAGGCGCAGAAGAAAGCCGUGGACGAGUUCACUAUGAGCUGCGCCGGCUACUGCGUCGCUACCUACGUGCUCGGCAUCGCCGACCGGCACCCCGACAACAUCAUGGUCAAGAGGAGUGGACAGCUGUUCCACAUAGACUUCGGCCACUUCCUUGGCAAGUUUAAACACAAGUACGGGUUUAAGCGCGAGCGCGUCCCGUUCGUGUUGACGCACGACUUUAUUCACGUCAUCAACAACGGCCAGCGCGGCACCGGCGCUAACGAGCCCGUCGACUUCAAGAGGUUCCGCGAGCAUUGCGAGAAUGCGUUCAGGAUCCUCCGGCAGCAUGGGCAUCUGAUCCUGUCGCUGUUCUCGAUGAUGAUCUCCACGGGCCUGCAGGAGCUGCGGUCGGAGGAGGACCUGCAGUACCUGCGCGAGACCCUCGUAAUGGACCUAACCGAAGACAAAGCGAUGGAGCACUUCAGACUCAAGUUCAUAGAGGCUAUGAAGAAUUCGUGGACCACAACAUUCAAUUGGGCAAUCCACAACAUAGACAAGAACAACUGACAACGACGCGUGCACCGGCUGAAGCAGCCGUCUAAGAGCACCCCGCAGACCUUGUGAACUAACUAGUUAGUCGGUAUAUCUGGUCAGCUAGUUGGUUGGUUGGUAUAUUUCGCCAGCUGGUUAUUUAGCUGGUUGAUGUUUGUAACCAGCUAGUUGAUUGGUUGGUAUAUUUAGCCUACCGGUUAAUUGGUUUGGUUGGUAUAUUAUGUCAACCAGUUAGUUGGUUGGUUGGUAUAUUAAGCCAGUUGGUUGGUAUAUUGAGCCGACCAGUUAGUUAUCUGAUUCGUACAUGCAGCGCAGUGCCACAUAUUUGAUGCAAAUUUUCUUAGGUUUAUUUAUAGAAUACUUUGUUCCAGUGAAUUAUAAAAUGUACUAAAUCAAGUUAUAUUUAAAAUAUUAAUGAUAUAAUGGAAUUGGACUUAUAUUGCUUUACUUUUUGAUUUAAAUAUUCGAAUGGGCGUGUAAAAUCCUAUAUAUAAAUCAUUAUGAAUUACAUGAUGGACUGUAUAAUCAUAGAAUAAAGAAUAUUACUGCAUGUAGAAAGGUAAUGCUCCCCGCACUAAUUCGUAUCGGGCGCUGAACUAGAUUUACCACAGCCCUCAAAGCCUUAUUAAUAUAGCUUAUAUAUUAAUAUAGCUAAAUGGCGAUAAGUCGUUAAGGAGUAAGGAAGAGCGCCGUGGACUGUCUGUCUCGUUCGCACUUACGAGUUAGGCUGCACGCGGUAGGAAUGAGAUUUUUGUAUGGGGUUUCCGGGAUGUGUUACGCCCAAUCAUGUAAAAUUAUCUUCUACAAGUUAAUAUAACAUAACAUAAGUAAGUAUACCUACCACUAAUCCAUAUCGAGGUAGGAAGAAUUAAUCUAUGAAUAUAUUUGUUCAACUCAAUAAUGUAAAUGCUUUUAGCUGAAUUUUCUUUUCAAAAACGUUUACAUAAAACAUAUUCUUGUUUAUUUUCAUGUUUAAUUGAUUUUACUUUUUUUCUGUUACGAAAUUCCAUUAGCUAAAGCUAAAGUAGAACCCGCAAUAAUAUGCCGAAACAAUGCUAAAAAAUAAAAGUAUUUUUUGUAUUAAGAAUGUAUUCACUGAAACGUUGUUCUCUAUAUAUAGAGGAAAAGUAUAUAAUAUAAUAUGAAGUUUGCCAAAAUUUUAAGAUAUGAAAUUUGCAGUCAGUAAAAUUGAAGUGGCACUGCGCUAAAUAUAAGUCAUUUAAAGCCGCUUUCUCUAUGCCCGACAGACGCGGCUAUCAGUGAGAAUAAUGAUUAAGGGUACUUUUACAAGUUGUCCUUUCGUUAUAAAAAUAAUCACGCUCUUAUUCAGUGUUGCAACACGGGAAGUUAAUGGUUUAUAAUUGUAUGGCACGAUUCAUCUUAUAAUGGUAAUGGUAAUAUUGAAGAAAACAUGUUUUCAUUAAAUUAAAAAUCAUAAUUUUGAAUAUUUUUUGUAAACGGAUUUAAAAAUAAAAGUAUACUUACGGUGGCAACCCCAUCGAAUGUCCGCCGCGGUUGAGGGUAGUUAAUAAACUUGUUAAAACAAGUUUAUGAAGUAAGGUUGGUCCCGUUUACACGACUCUCACUUAGGCAUAAUGGUAACUAGGUUCGAAAACUAGGUGAAUUGUGUAAGUUGAGACUUGUAAAGGUUAUAUUAUUUUAAAAGCAUAAUAACAAAAGCUUUCGGUAAUAUAAGGGAAUUAAAAUAUAUAUUUUAACAUUAUUUAUAUCUUGUAUAUUAGUAAGGGUUUGCUAAAUUAGCUAUAUUUACUUGCAAAUGUUGGUACUGUAAAGGAGCAUUGCAUAUAUACGUGUAGUUAAAUUGUUAUGUAUAAUUUUGAUUGAUAAUAUGAUUGAGUUGUUGAAUGUUGGGAGACAUUGGAGUGUCGAUGUGAACGGGACGAGGUUGUCUAAAGACUGAUAGUGUAAUUAUACUAGAGACUGGAUACCCGCGGCGGCAAGUAUAGCUCGAAACAUUCUCGAAAUUUCCUUGAAAGAUUGUACUCUAAAAAGUGUACUAAAUUCGAGAAUGAACGCUGCGACAUAUAGAGAAACUAUUUCAAAUUGCAACAGAACUGUCGGUUUUAACGACUCUAACGAAAUAAGCUUGUUGAUGCGAUGGUACUUGUAUGCUGGCCAGAAACUGGAAGAAAAUUGAGAUAUUUUAUGUGUAAAAGGGUGAUUAUUCAAAAUGUUAUUCGGUGAUUCAUAUGAAACGAAGACCUUAACGACCAUUGCAAUUAUUUUACUUACAAUUUCAUUAAAUCUUUAUUAAAAAUUUCCAAAUAAAUCACUGAACGAUUUAACCUGGUGUAAUCACCCUGAAACACGGCAAAAGUGGUGUCAAGUUGGCGGCGGCGAUUUGGCUGUGAUAAAGAGCGAUUAUAUGCGCCGGAUAGGACGAACUUGGUUUUAAGCGUUCAUUAUUUUAUCAAAGUUCGUAGGUUUGUACGGGCACAGUAAAGGGACCUCGUAAGGAUGAGAUUUCAAGUGUGUCAAAGUGGAUUUAACGACUAUACUGGGACGACAAGUUUGUUCAGAUUAAAAAACCCAUGCACCCUAAAACAGUACAUAGGUUUAAACUGCAGCUGUAGAACAUACUGCAUCAUGCGGCCUUUAAAAAGUUUAGUAGAGAAAACGUAAAUUCAUGAGUAUGUUUAACGUAAAGCGUAUUUGGCGGUGCUAGAAUAGGAAUUGUAACUACGCUAAUAUCUUAUAUAUCAACUUAAUAUAGUAUCAACUUACACUUCUUCUAUCGUGUGGGUUGUGAAGUGAAUUACCAACCUCAUCAACCCUGGUGUCAGGGUUAUUAUCGAGCCGCCAAAGGCCCCUGACAUGACUCAUGUAACGACUACUUACUUACAUCAGUAAGUACCCGGGACCAACGGCUUAACGUGCCUUCUUCGAAAGUGCUUCGGCACGGAUCAUCUUACUUUCGGACAAUCAGGUGAUCAGCCUGUAAUGUCCUAACCAAACUAGGGAUCACAAAGUGAUUUUUGUGGUAUGUCCCCACCGGGAUUCGAACCCGAGGCCUCCGGAUCGUGAGCCCAACGCUUAACCACUGGACCACGGAGGCCGUUAACUUUUUAACUUACACUGAGUCCGCAGAUAUUUCCUGAAUAUCAAAAUUAACAUAAGCUCACGAGUAUGUUUCCAAAUUGUUGGCAGAGGUGACAAAUUUUAAAAAUGCGUUAACGGUAACGAGAUUCGCCACAGAUGCUCGAAGAUAUACCCUACUAAACUGGACAUAAACCCGAAUACGUGUACUUAUUAUUGCGUAUGGCAGACAAAAAUAAAAUAUCCUGCAUGCAUCAUAUAUCCAGCUGAAGCUCCCCCAACGAAGUCUCUGCCGCAUCCGUCACACAAUGCAGCUCGGCUAUGCCACCUGGGAACCAGUGCAGAGGGUACUCGUUCACUAUGUGAGAUAUGGUUUGAUCCGGGUGACCACAUUAACAGUGUGGCGACUCCUUUAAGCCCCAUUUAUGUAGGUGAUGGUUUGACUUUCCAUGGUUGGUCCUACACCGGUUCAGUCGGGUCCAGAUUUUUUUUUUGAAUACGUGUACUAAACGUCCCUUUACUGUGUUAGCGAAACGAAGCGGCUACUCCGCUGGUAUAGUAUAAAUGUGUAGAUCAAUUAGAAAGACAGAUAGUUAUUUUUAAUUAGAUUAAGGAGACGGAUCAAAAUUUUCACUUUAGCGUUGCUCGUUCAUUUAGUUUUAGGCGUCAUCCGUAUACUCUAGUUAUAGUUAGAUGCGUGAGUGUGAGAGGAGAUGAUAAGAGAAAAUAAGAAGGGAUAAUAUGAAGGGAGAUGUGGGGAGAUGGUACGGCCGCCGCCGCUUGUCGCUUUUUGCAUAUUUUAUUUGUAACUUCAUUAUAGAACGAAUCUUACUUUAGGCGAAUCAAUGCUCUCAUUGGCAAAUAUAUCAGGAUAGGCUCCACAUGGUAUACUUUCGAAGAAAUGAGCUGUUUUAGUAAUGGAUUUAUUGUGACUCGAUUCUUAUUUCUCGUUGAACUGUAUAAAAUGUAGACCCUAUUCAAACUUAGCUAUCUUUGCAUAGGUCUUGUUAUAAUCCGCGGCGUAUAAGUUGAAAAAAAAUGGCGGCCGUCCGCACAGGUAGCGGUUCUGCGUUGUCAUGGUUACGCGUUGCCCCUCGCGUCCCACCUCAUACCGCACUUCAAUUGAGGCCCGAUAAUUUGUUGUUCAAGUUAUACGUCGCGGAUUAUAGCUUUGUCCAACCCCCGAAACAUACUGUAUCGCCGUCACCGCGCGGGGAAUCAUAGUUUUAGCAGUAUUAUAACGUCGUACUUUUUAGGAUCAAAAUAAUUUUCGCUUUUAAGUUUUUUAUGACUUCAGGCUACCUCAUGGUGUCGUGGGAGACAACGUAUUUACGUUACAUUACGCGAUUUCAUUUGUUUUUAUUACGUCGCAAUCUCUUAUGGAUUUAUUUGGAAAGGUUUACAAUAUCUAUUAGCAGAGCCUUGUAAAUGACAAUUGGGGUUGCUGAUUGGAUUCAAAGCUACCGGCCGAUAGUUUUUACGUGGAUAUUAAUGUGAAUGAGUGUGUAUUCAUACUAUUUCACAAUACUAAGUUAAGGGAGAGAAUUAAGACGUUAUUAUUGUAUAGUAGGUCUUAAUUCUCUCCCUUUAGUUACAGUACACACUCAGAGCCACGAUAUUGUCGGUGUAGCAUUCUCCAUGCUACUUUUUAGAAAAAAAUAGGCCAGUGGUUUUAUACACACUACGAAUGAAAUAAUGAGCAAGCGUUAUGUCACCUUUGGAGUAUAUCUAAUGACUCCAGAAGCGCUCAAAGUUCGCACCCCGUAGCAAAUACUACACUCAGGGUUCAGAGGUGAACUGUAGCAUAAGGUGACGAUCACAAUAGAUCUUAUAGGUUGCAGUGAUACAGCACGAAAUGCAAGAAAAACUAAUUAAAUGUGUUCUUUUGUCAUAAUCACUACUGGCCACUAUGAAAUUGUAAACCUUUCAUGUAAUAUUUGUUUAUUAGAUCGUGGUAAAGCUAAGAGAUAUGGAAUUUUGCGCUUGUUGGAAUGCCCUAGUGAAAAUAUACACGAACUAUUGUCGAUUUGUAUGAAGUAUUUGAUUAAUGACCAUGCCUUAUGAUACAUUAGUGUUAAGUUGUUGCUACACUAUUGCACAUAGCUAGGUUAAUUAUUGUAUGUAAUUUAAUAACUGGUUCUUGUUUAUGUCGACUAUUCGCUUUGAUAACUAUGAUUAUGGAAACAUAAGAAAUUGCAACGGAAAAACGCAAUAGACUGCAAUAGAAUUUGUUUUUACACUAUCAGACUAGAAUAUUUUUAGAAAUAUAUUAGCACGAAUGCCUUAUUAAAUAUUAAUAAUUAUGCUUGUCAUCAAAAAAAUCGAAACGCUACCGAAUUUUUUGUCAAACAAAACACGACUUUGCUAAAUUUUAAAAUUUGAAUUUGGUUUAUGUUCCAAAUACAAAUUUUAAAUAUUCAAAAAUUAAUAUCCUUUUAAUACCUGUUGCAAAAUUUAAUAACAUUUAUUUUUUAUUCCCAAAAACUCGUAUUUAUAUUUUUCCGAUAAUAUUUAUGAAACAUAAACUUACGAGGUGUUUCGGUUUUUUUUGAUGAGAAGUGAAAAAAGAUUAUUUUCCUAUUUCAGCGAAUAGUUGAUGUUUCUCAGGAAUAUUCACAUUCAUUUUAUUAUAUGUCGAGUCAAUGGUUAUACAAUAGUUAUGUCGGUUAGUCUACGAUAUUAAGUCAUUAUAGUUAGUCGGUUCUCAGUAAGUUUCAGUGUGAAGGCGAUCGGCCAUUUUCAGUGCGCUUGUCACAAAUGUACAGGUGAUUCUUUAAAAAUAAUAUCAUAAACUUUUUCUUACGUUUGUGAAAUCAGGGGGAAAUGGAAAGAUGAGUUACAUACAUAUAUAAUAUUGCUUCCAUUUUUCUAAUGGCCCUCAGCAAUCACUGCAUUUCAGUACUUUAAUGAUUAAAAUUAGAAAAAAAUAUUUUGUUCACGCGGGAAUAAAAAAACAAUAAUGAAUUAUUUAAUUCUAAAUUCAAAUUGUGAUACACGAUAAAUCGAAUAAUUAUUGUUGAAGAUGGAAAAUAGCAUUUUUCGGACAUACGAAGAUUGCCUAGGGAAAAUAAAAUCUCUGCGGGUAGCAAUAUUGCUUUAUUACUUUUAAAACCCGCAGUAGUAAAACCUGAUUUUUGGGGGACUUUGAAACUUACUGGUUGAUUUAAUCUAAUUUAGCCUACAAGAUCCCACUGCUGGGCAAAGGAAUCCCGUUCGUACAUUUUUCGCAGUCCUAUGCGUACUCCAGCCAGGAGAGUUAAAAUGGCCACAUCGAAGCAAUUCAUCUAAGAAAGCAAUAACAUUUGAGAUUUGUUUGCAUUGCGCACUUACUUUUAUAUGCGCAGGCUUAAUUUGCAAUAUUGCUUUCUUAGAUGAAUUGUUUCGAUGUGACCAUUUUAACCCCCCAGUACUGGUUGAUGUCAUUAUAUUUUUCUACUGUACUCAUUUUUAUCAUUCCUCCUGGUUAAAACCAAACGUCUAGCAUGAAUUUAAACAACUCCAUUAGUAAUAAUAAUAAUGUUAAAACAUAAAAGACAACAUUCGCAAGGAUACCUCGAAUAUUGUUAGACAUAUCAUAAUACAGUUACAAUAGAUUAGGCAUGCGCAUGAUAAAUAAUAAAAAAAUAUAACGCCAAAACAAUAAUGUAAUACCUCAUUUAAAGCGUUUGGCUUAAAUUUUAUUGAUUCGGUAGAUAUUGUUUAGCAUGAAGUACUUCAGAAGAUCUAGACUCUAUUGUAUUUUAAAUACGGAUCAAACAAAGAACCUUGUCUUUUUAAAAGUCGGUUAAUAAGCUCUAAACUUGGGAGCGAGUGUCCUAGCCAGCCAUCGAAGAUUAUUGCUCCAUAAAAACGUGUGAUGAAUAAUUCAAAAAGUGAAUUUUAAAUAGUAUAAAUAAAUACUCGAGGUCUAAAAGGUUUUAAAAGUAAUUCUUCGUUCAGCCUUUCCCAACCUUACAAAUUCGGCCAAUCUUACAAAAUAUUGCAACCAGGAAAAAACGUCUUAAUCACGUGACCAAUUACGUGCUACUCAAAUCACUUCCAGUAAACGAUAUGACGCCUGUAUCUGCGGUUUUGAUAUUAAUUUCUUCACUAUUACAUCACGCGUACUAUGCUAGAUAAUAUCUACUAUUGUUCACUGCCAAUUGAAAACCAGACUGAUCGCCUAGUUAUCAAUAGAAAUUCUUCCUCGAAAGAAUAAUAAAAAAUCAAUACUUGUAGUACGAUUUGCCUGUCUUCUCGACUAGUGAUGCAUGGAUUUUUUCGUGAAUGUUCGGGACUUUAUUCACAAAUAAAUACGCUGAUAUCGUGUUAUAAUCUACAUAACAAUCCCACUGUUAGGCACAAGGCUCCUCUUAAUCAACCGGUCUCCAUCGGUAAUCGAAACUGGAUCUCCGGAUCGUGAGCCUACCGCUCUAACCACUAGUCUAUGGAAGCAUUAUACCGUUUUUCACAGGGUCCGCUUACCUAACCUGAAGAUUUCACAGGCCCGGUUUUUUACAGAAGCGACUGCCUGUCUGACCUUACAACCCGCGAAGGGAAAACCAGCCCAAUACACGUUAGGUACCACAGAAAUAUACCUCCGAAAGAUGCAUUUCUCGGGAAUGCGGGUUUCCUCAUGUUGUAGCUGAUUAUAAUCCAAUAGAAAAAAAAAGUCGCUGGUAUAAUUCGCAGUGCCAGUGCACACAAAAAGCAUCUACGGUACCUACGUCUCAUAAUUACGUAUGGCCAAGACAUUAGUGUCACAUAAACAUAGUUAAAAAUGCUAUCCGUUUCGCUACAAGUCCUAGUGUGAAACUUUUAACUUUUUUUGUAAUACAAAUGUGGAACAUGCAUCCCUAGCCGCUGUUGGUAAUAAAAUUAAUUGCGUCACCUAGCAAACAAUACAAUAAAAUGAUCUCGAUCAAGCUGUAUACAUUGUACCUUCCAGUAACAGUAGCUUCCCGAUAUGUUAUUUUUGGAAACUUCUAGUAGAUUCAUAUGUAUAAUCUAAGGCCCCAUUCACAGUACCAAGCGCAAGCGGAAGUGGGCGCGAUAAUAUCAGUCUUUAGCCAAGUAUGGCAUUUACGAAACCGCUGAAGAAUGGAGAGAUGUUUCGUAAAAAAAUAUUAACCUUUCUUUAUUUAAAAUAGCCAAAAUAAGUAAAUAACAAAAUAUGAAUUAAUCUUUUACGACACUACUUCCUCGCUUAUUCUUGUUUGGAGGAUGCCGGGCCCUCUUCUCGCUACGAUGGCAGCGCCCGCGCGUUUGCUGUGAAUGAGUUCGCGCGUUUCUAUACUAACCUGAUAAGUUUGAUAUUACCGCACCUAUCUGCUGCCAAUUGAAAUAUCUAAACUGAUAUCAAUUAUUAUACGCGCAGAAUAAUGCGUAACUUAUACGAUUUAUAAUAUCAAAAUCCCCCGUAACGUCACACUAAAAUAUAAAAAGGUGCAUUAAAAUUUUACCCAGUGCAAUCUAAACGGCAAAUCACGUAAUUUGUACUCAAUAAUAUCGAAUAUGUACAAUAUUUUUUUAUGAAAAUUACAUAAUCGUUUUGGACAAUUGACAUUUAAACAAGUUAAUGGGUGUAUACUGUAUAACGUUUCACCUAUCGUAUAUAUCAAGUAAGUUAUACAAAUCACAAAAUGCGGUCAAAAUCCUGUGGGGCGUUACUUUUUUGUUAUUCUUUUUAAGCUAAUUUGGAGUAAGCAUGUUAUUUUCUUAAAGGAGUUUUGUUUAGAAAUGACUUUCAAUUAGAAAAUUGAUAUUGUUAUUUUCUCUGUGUGUAUAUUUCCUGUAAAUAAUGGGAUACAAAUGGUUAAUGCUAUUACCUGCCAUAAAUACGAGUAUGCUUUGUUUAAAACUAUUUUUUUUUCAUAUUACUUCUAAUUAUCAUUUUAAUCAACACUCACAAGAUUUUGUACUCCAUUGCUAUAUACUUGGCUUGUAGACUCGUAUAUCGUGUAACAUGAAAUGCUUCCUAUGUAGUGCUAAAUAUCUGAUACUUUAUCCAUAGUCUGUUCGUCUGUAAGUUAGAAAUAACUUGGGUUUAGUUUGUGCAAUGUAAAUAGAACGAUUGUCUUAUUUAUGUAUAAGUAUGUAUGCAUUUCAGAUGGUGAUUUUUGAUUUGUUAACGGGUUACUUGAAUGCUAUUUAGAUGGUAAGUAUAUUGUCAGUUCGUAUACAAGGUGAUAAUGGUCGAUUGUUACAAGACGUCAAACAGUGUUCAAGUCAAACCCACAUUUGCUGUUCAGAAAUAAUGAACCGAAAAUUGAUCAGUUUUCGACGAUUCGAUUCCACUGAAGAGUAUCCAUUUCUAUAAGAAGUAAUUCACCAAAUAAUAUUAUUAUUGAAUGAAUAAGUGUAUGUUAACGCAUUGUCAUUGUGAAGUAGUUUUAAGGUUUACAAAGGGAACUACGGGAAAUGAUAAAGUUUCUUUGAAGGAGAAAAUGAAAUCAAUAGAUUCUGUAAAGGACUUCAUAAAUUCAUUUUGAAUACGGAAGGUUUUUAAUGAAUUUACUUCCAAGGAAACUGUAUCAGUUUUCAAAGCACCCUGUAUAUAAAAAGAGUAUGUUAGCCAUAUUGCUGAUGCAUAUUAUCUUUAAGAUUCAUACAACAUCUCAAGUCUCCAAUAGUUCCUUUGUCAUGUGUCAUUUAAUAUUCAUACGAGUAACGAAAGAAAUGUAAAAGAUAUUCAUUUAAAAUAUUGUAUAAAAAUAAUUUACCGAAUAAUUAUUUGCUAUCUCAAAUAUGAUUUUUUUGAAUAAACAUUUACAUACGA